CGUUUGUCCCACAAUGCAUUGCAGCACUGAGUUGAUGCCGUGUAAAAAACUAACUUCAUCACUGCUGGGUUAAAGUGAAUCAGGAGAGAGAAGGCGGAGUUUGGUGCCACUGACGUGGCUCAACCGUGUUACUAAAGGGCCGACGCCCUCGCUGCUGCGUUUACGACACGUUCUAAAAUUCAGACACGACGUCUUCACGACAGUUUAUUUCUGAAACAAUCGUAUUCUUUAUCCGUUAUAUUUGAGCUGAACUGAAAAAAUCGUAGACGAUGAACUUUCAUCCCGUUUUAAUUUGUUGGCUGUUUCACGGAUCAGCUGUUUUUCCCCUCGCAGUGUUUGUUGUGUGGCUAACGUUUUUCACGACAUUCCAAUGGAACGCGAUUCACGAAACUCACGUUUCACUGAAGUUCACACUGGAAACGCAAAAUAUUCUAUCUAUACAAAUCAAAGAUUCAUGUCGCCGUGUGAAAGACGCAGGUUCUAUCCCAUAAUCUAGGUGGCGCUGUUUCACAGACACGAAUCUUCUCACUAUGUCGUAGCUGGACUGAAGUAAAAACAUCGCAAUAGGUGAAUCCACGAGAUUUUCCUCGACUGAACUGACACUUUCUUCGUCUUCUACCUCACCCUGUCACGCGUUUCACUAACACUUUUAUGUUGCCGUCGAGUCACACUUUUUUUUAUUAUUGUUGUUUUUUUUCAUGUUGAACCAUGACCUGCCACUGGGGGGCGUUGCCCUUUAGACUUGAUGAAAAAUGCUGUGAAUGAAAACAAAGUUUGGUUUGUUUCUCAUAAAAAAAGAACAAACAAAAGCUGCAUACGGAACGUCUCUGUCCGUUACAUGCUCUUCGUUUUCUCGAUGCUGGAAAUAUGUCGUGUUCUGAAAAACUCAAGUUAAUGUUAAUGUGAAAAGUAAAGACGGUAAUGGUUCGAUUUAACGAAGUCCAGGUUGAUUUUUUCACAGUUUACUAAAUUUUUUUCUGAAGGAAAAUUGUUCUCAAUUGCGAGUUUUGUUGAACGCGUCAUUCCGUCCAAUUAAGGUUUGUGGUAGUACUUUAACAAGCCUUAAGCGUUAGCUCUGCUGUGAUUGGCCGAUGCUAACAGCACAUGUACAGCACUUUGAAAAAAACUAAACAAAUGAAUCUCGACUGUGUGACUUUUGUUCACAGUUUCACGACAAAUGUCGACCGACGAGAUUAGCUCAUUAACCCAAUGCUAGCACCAUGUUGUUGCUACUAAACAAACGUGUUAGCUUUAAUGUGACAAUCAAUGUGGAUGGGGCGGAGUCAAACAUUCCAGUAUAGCUAAAAGUUUUAAGAAUCACAUUGACCGAAUGUGUAACGCAAUUAAUCUGGAGCUUGACAAAUUUCACAUAAAUGAGAGCAGGUCAUCCGGCUGCGAUAUGACUCCGCCCAUUUUUGUUGACCAGUGUUUGUGUGUUAUGUGUUUGUUUUGCGUGUUAUUCGUCGUACGAACACUUGUACUGCGACGUAAGAACUUUAAGUUGCUGAGUGUUUCAGUGAAUGACAGACUCCCUCUAGUGACUGGAACGUUUCUCACACACCGACACACACACACUAUUUUACACUAAACUGUUAUUGGUAACUUUUUUUUUACCCAACCAAACUUUGUAUUUUUAUUUUUCUCACAUUGUAUUUUAUUUUGAAAAUCUCUAUACAGUAUUUACGUAACAUUCUCUUAAGUGUAAAAGUCACAAACACAAACAAUCAUCCAAAUCUCGCGAUGUUUUCAUGAAGUCUCGCAUUGUUUGAGUUAUCGCAGCCUCGAUGCAGCUUCACUUUGAUUCCACGAUGUUUGGCUGUGAACGUUUUUUCUGCUUUGAUCCAAAUAAAAACAACAAAUAACACUGAA